ACCAUGUUGAUGAAAUUUGAACUUUGAACCCCCACUUCUAGUAACACCCCCAAAAAUUUGGCAAUUCACAAAUUUCCGGCCUUCCUCCUUCACCACCCCAAAUUCAAUACUUGAACUGUGGCCACUGACCAUGUGAAGUCCCCUAGGGUUUAUGACUCAAACAUCGUCAUCCUGAAUGCCUGAAUUAAUCACCCCCAGCUACUAAUCCAACGCCCCAAACACCGUUCUCAGAUCCCAUCUCCGAACGACCGAUCCAAUGGUGGCGGCGAAAAUGGAGAAAUCGCCGGCGGAUCUUCUGGCAUCCCCCGGGGUCAGCUCCCUGCUGAAAUCGUUCAAGCUAAAAACGAAGCAGCAGGAGCUCUUGAUCCGCGUCACGAUCCUCGGGCUGAUUUACGUGCUCGCAUUCAUCACGCGUUUGUUCAGCGUCUUGCGCUAUGAGAGCAUGAUCCACGAGUUUGACCCCUACUUCAACUACCGGGUCACCCAGUAUUUGACUCAGAGGGGGUUUUACGAGUUCUGGAACUGGUUUGAUUCGGAAAGCUGGUACCCUCUUGGUAGGAUUAUUGGGGGGACUCUGUACCCUGGGCUCAUGGUUACAGCUGCGUUUAUCUUCUGGACUCUACGUUUUAUAGGAUUCGCUGUUCACAUCCGAGAAGUUUGUGUGCUCCUUGCUCCAUUUUUCGCUUCCAAUACUACUCUUGUUGCAUACUUCUUUGGGAAACUGUUAUGGGACUCCGGUGCUGGACUUGUUGCAGCUGCAUUUAUUGCUAUUUGCCCUGGUUAUAUUUCGAGGUCGGUGGCGGGAUCAUACGACAAUGAGGGUGUUGCAAUAUUUGCAUUGCUUCUUACUUUCUAUUUAUUCGUCAAGGCUGUGAAUACAGGCUCACUUGCCUGGGCUCUGGCCUCAGCUUUUGGAUACUCAAUGAGGUUAUAUGUGGCUUAUAAUUCCAUGUAUGUUCUGGGAAUGUUGCUAGCAAUGCAGAUUCGCUUUGUUGGCUUCCAACAUGUGCAGUCUGGCGAACACAUGGCAGCUAUGGGUGUGUUCUUCUUGUUGCAGGUGUUUUACUUUUUGGAUUGGGUCAAGUAUCUGUUAAAUGAUCCAAAGAAGUUCCACACCUUCCUGAAAGUCACAGUUACCAGUGCAGUAGGGUUGGGUGCCAUAGCUCUAGGAGUUGGCACUGCAUCUGGGUAUAUUUCUCCAUGGACUGGUCGAUUUUAUUCUCUCCUCGAUCCAACUUAUGCGAAGGAUCAUAUCCCCAUAAUUGCAUCCGUUUCUGAGCAUCAACCCACAGCAUGGUCAUCAUUCAUGUUUGAUUAUCAUAUUCUGCUAAUUCUUUUCCCAGCUGGUUUAUAUUUCUGCUUCAAGCGAUUGUCAGAUGCCACAAUAUUCAUAGUAAUGUAUGGUCUCACUAGCAUGUAUUUUGCUGGAGUCAUGGUGCGGUUGAUACUUGUUGCUACACCUGCCGUAUGCCUUAUUAGCGCCAUUGCAGUCUCAGCAACUAUAAAAAGUUUGACUCAGCUUGUCAGGGCACAGAGCAAAGUUGUGUCUGUUGUUUCUGGUAAAGGAGCAACUAGUGCCAAAGCAUCUUCUAAGGGCUCAGUGGAUCAGUCCCCGCCAUUCCAAAGAGAUGGGGCUAUUGCUUUGCUUCUUGGUUUUUUUUACCUACUUAGCAGAUAUGCUAUUCAUUGCACUUGGGUUACAUCAGAAGCAUAUUCAUCUCCAUCAAUCGUUUUAGCAGCCAGGGGUGCUCAUGGUAACAGGGUUAUUUUUGAUGAUUAUCGUGAGGCUUAUUUUUGGCUGAGGCAGAACACUCCUCCAGAUGCCAAGGUGAUGUCAUGGUGGGAUUAUGGUUAUCAGAUUACUGCAAUGGGGAACAGAACUGUUAUUGUAGACAAUAACACUUGGAAUAACACACAUAUAGCUACUGUUGGACGUGCUAUGUCAUCCUAUGAGGACGAAGCAUAUGAGAUAAUGAGAUCAUUGGAUGUUAAUUAUGUAUUAGUGGUUUUUGGAGGUGUAACUGGUUAUUCUUCUGAUGAUAUCAACAAAUUUUUGUGGAUGGUGAGAAUUGGAGGUGGAGUUUUCCCUGUAAUUAAGGAACCUGACUAUCUUGUUAAUGGAGAGUACCGCAUCGACAAAGGCGCAGCUCCAAAGAUGUUAAACUGUUUAAUGUAUAAACUAUCUUACUACCGAUUUGGUGAACUGACAACAGAAUAUGGGAAGCCUCCUGGGUAUGACAGGGCUCGGGGGGUCGAAAUUGGAAAUAAAGACAUAAAGUUGGAACAUUUGGAGGAGGCAUUCACGACAUCAAACUGGAUUGUGAGGAUUUAUAAGGUGAAACCUCCCAACAAUAGGUGGUGAUCUACACAUGCUCCUGCGGGACAAUAGGUUAUACUGUAGUGCUGAGCAACUGAGUCUACGGAUAGGAUUAUUUACGAACUUUUUUGGAUUUCUGUUUUGACAUCUAAUGCAAGAGUUGUUUGCUUCUCUCUGAGAGAUUUUGUAGUUGUCAUUUUGCUAUCAGUAAUAAUGUUAAACAAAAGAAGUUCCAUAAUGUUAAUUUUUUGUGGGAUAAUGCUAAUUGUGUCCAGAUUCUGGACAACUUGAGAAUUGCAUAAAUGAAGCUUAUAUACUCUUCAUAUAUAUCAACAUAUCAAGUCUCAAUACAUAAAUGAAGGCAAAAUUCGUUCAAUUAGG